CCGGGCAACAACAUCCAGCCUAAAUUGCAUCGCAGAAGGCGAAGGUGAGCUUGAAAAUUUUAAAUAUUUUCAGUUUAUUACGUAACUUAGCACCUUACAUUACGUAACUUCAAUGGCUUCCGGAGAAAUUUCCUUCCCAAUGGAAAUCGGUUCCAUCGAAUCGACAUGUAUUAUUUGUUUCGACGUCCUGAAGUGGGCGGUGUUCUGCGACAGAUGCAAGCAAAGUACUUGUUACGAGUGUAUAGGAAAGUGGUUGGAAGAAAAGCACGACUGCCCGAAAUGUCGCCGUCAGUGCCGACUGGAGGAUUACACAAUCCAAAAAGAACAUUACAGCUGCAAAAAGGAUGGCUUACUCCUGGAGUAUUACUGUGAUGAAUGUGAUCAGUGCUUCUGCCGGAAAUGUCUUGGCAAAGAUGGACCACACUUCCGUCAUCCUGUUCGCAGCUUGGACGUGUUGCGUAAGGAGACCAUAGAUGCCGUGGAUGUAUUGAAGAAAAUGAACUCGAGAACUGCUUUGGAAAAUAUUAAAGCACUGAUUGCAAAAGGUGAGCCACAGGAGCUCGUACUCAAGCGUAAAUCUGUCGAAAAGGAAAUCGAUAAAGUGAUGACGCCAGCUGGCUGUCCGACGCCAAAAUACCGAUUACCUAACGCGACCUUUUUUGAAGCACGCACUAAUAAAAUAGCAAUAAACACUUCUACCCUAGAAAAGUGUGUGGCUACGGAUGGUUAUGGGAAUAGCUGGGAAUUGACGGUUCAUCCUUACGGUGUCAGCGAGGCGAAGCAAAAAUUUAUUAGCGUAUAUUUAAAGCUAGUAAACGGUACCCCUAUGCGGUACGAAUAUAAGUUCAGCAUGUACAGUGCAUCCGGUACGAAACGACUGGCUAAAUACUAUGCCGUUGAUGAUUUUGGCAUUGGAAGCGAAUCUAAAGGAUGUCAAAGGCUAAUCUGGCUGGAAGCUGCUAGAAGUAAAGUGCAUGAUUUGGGAUAUCAGAUAAUAUUUGGUACAUGCCCGACUAACAUGGCAUACAGCCUGCGAUGUGCCGCCAACUUGAUUAUCAAUAAGUCCAAACGAUUGGAAUUUGAAAUUUUUGCCUUUCGGGUGCUGAAUUUCGAAGAAAAUAAAAAAAAUAAUGCUAUAAUGUUUUCUAAAAUAAUGUACGAUCAACAAAAUAUCGCUUGGAGGUUGCGGGUGGACUGCAACGGUCAUCAAGAGCAGGACAAUUAUAUAAGUGCUUACAUAGAGCUACUAAAUGGUGCAAAGGGAUGGUUCGAUGUCUUUAUAGAGAUGGUACACCCAUAUCCGCCACAGUCAAUCAAACGGCAACUGACUCACGAGUUUGAUGUUCAUUCCAACUGGGGUAUACCGCAUUUCGUGGAUCAGUAUCGAACGAGAGAGUUUUUGAACGAAGGAAAUCUUUUGUUCAAUUUCGGGACGCGGCCUGCACAUAUUGAACAGGAAGCUAUCUAAAUCAGCGAUUUUUUUAUUAUCUUUCAUAAGCGUUGCAUUGAAAUGUGAAUUUUAAAAACGUAUGAACUGUCAAAUAAAA